GAUCGCCAGACCCGCGGUACUCGGCGUGUCCCGACGACGACACGUCGCCACGGUCUGGGGUUCGUAAUCGAGUCGCCGUUGUGUGCCCAGCGCUCGCUCGGCGGUGCACCGACUUCUCGUUCUCGGCGGCGUGUCCGCUCGACGCGGGCAACGCGAUCGCGUCGUUUGCGACUUCCCGGUGGAGCCGCGCGUCCACGACGCACUUAUCUCGGAUAAGCGUCGACCGGCGCGCAACGACCGCUCCCUUCGUCGUCGAUCCGCCGACGAUUGACAGCUCGCUGCGUGCCAAGUACGGCACGUACGAGCGAGCAACGGUGAUCCGCGACUCGAAAUCGUAUCGCUCACGCGGUCGCGCGAUCCUGAGAAUAGCCACUCGUCCUGCGACACCGCCGCCCUUGUUCGUGUCUCUUUCAAUCGUGGCCCGUCCGCGUGCCACCGCGCCCGACGCCGCACCGUUAAAACGCCUCGACGUUCCUAAUACGCGAUCGCUUCAAGCCUAUGCACCAAGUCUGCGCUCUGGCAUGAUCGCGCUGUCAUGCGAUUUCUCAUAAUGUAGGUAUAGUUUAUUAAAACAAGGCCUUUAGGAUAUAAUUAUAUUUAAUGUCAGUAUAUAAGCCGGAUGCUUGUUAUUGGUGGUGUAAUCAUUGGACCAAGAGACAUUGAGACAAUUACGACAUAGCAAAGAACGUGUAAAAUGACGAUUGCCACUAGGGGCCAGGGAGUUGGCAUAGACCCUCCCGACAGCCAGCAAAGUACACAGAUGCACAGUCCACCAGGUCCGCAACAACUGGCUGACACAAUGUCGGGACUUCAACUCACUGAGAAUGUGGUACAAACUGAAUGCAACAGUGAUGCUAUCACUACGGUAGAAGAUAGCAAUCAGCUUCAUGGAGAACCUGAUUUUCCUAUUUCCAAACUUAAUAUGCUUCAUGAAAAGAUAUCUAGUCCACGAUGGGUUGUACCAGUUCUACCCGAACAAGAAUUAGAGUGCCUGUUACAAGCCAGUAUCGAGCUUUGUAAAAAAGGAAUUGAUGUACAAAGCGAAGCGUGUCAACGCUUUUUUCGAGAAGGUCUCACAAUCUCAUUUACCAAGAUAUUAACAGACGAUGCAGUAAACAGUUGGAAAUUAAAUAUUCACAAUUGUAUUAAUGCUAACUGUGCACGUUUGGUGGAAUUAUGUGUCCUGAAAUUAGACGAGGAUUGGUUUCCUCUUCUUGAUUUGCUGGCCAUGGUUUUUAAUCCUAGUAAUAAAUUUCACACAUUUAACGCAGUAAGAGUCUCGGAAACUGUUCCUCUUGGUAGUGAUAUUCCUGAUGAGGAACUUUACGCUCGCCCACCGCCUGAUUCACGAAGUCCUCGUGGUUGGCUAGUAGAUCUUAUAAACAGAUUUGGGAGUCUUAAUGGAUUCGAGAUUUUGCUCUCUAGAUUUCAGAGUGGACGUAAUUUAACAGUGCCAGUUAUUUAUGCUUUAAUCAGACCUUUCGGCUUGUGCUAUGAAUUAUUAACUGUUCACACAAUAGUUAAAUAUCUGAUGCCUAUUGUUGAAAUGGUACCUCUUAUUUUGAAUAACUUAACGGACGAUGAGUUGAAGAAAGAGGCAAAAAACGAAUCAAAAAACGAUGCAAUAUCAGCCAUAAUCAAAGCUGCUAAAUGCUUGGUGUCGCGCGUACCUCAUCAGGAAGAGAUGAUAAAGAACUUGGAAAUACUGAGACUGAAAAUGAUAUUGAGACUCUUACAAAUUUCUUCGUUCAAUGGGAAGAUGAAUGCUUUAAAUGAAGUUAAUAAAGUAAUAUCUAGUGUUAGUUAUCACCAACACCGUAAUACAAUAGUAGAGGAAGAGGAGUGGCUUACAGCGGAGCGUAUGGCGAAAUGGAUUAAGGACAAUGGGGUGCUGGAAAUUGUACUGAGAGAUUCCUUGCAUCAACCGCAAUAUGUAGAGAAGCUGGAGAAGAUUUUACGCUUUAUUAUAAAAGAACGUGCACUUACAUUAGAGGACUUAGAUGCUGUCUGGGCGGCGCAGGCUGGUAAACACGAAGCAAUUGUGAAGAACGUUCACGACCUGUUAGCCAAAUUAGCUUGGGAUUUUAGUCCGGAACAACUUGAUCAUCUAUUCGAAUGUUUUCAGACAAGUUGGAGGACUGCCAAUAAGAAACAACGGGAGAAGUUAUUAGAAUUGAUUAGGAGACUCGCAGAAGAUGAUAAAGACGGCGUUAUGGCACAUAAGGUAUUGACACUUUUCUGGACUUUGGCUCAUUCGGAUGAAGUCCCUACGGAAAUUAUGGAUCAGGCGUUAAAUGCUCAUGUGAAAAUUCUUGAUUACUCGUGCUCACAAGAAAGAGAUGCGCAAAAGACAAUCUGGCUGGAUAAGUGCGUUGAAGAGUUGAAGAAUGGUGAUAAGUGGGCUCUUCCUGCGUUGAAGCAAAUUCGUGAAAUAUGUUGCCUUUAUGAACCAAAUCCCAACUUAAGUCAUAGUCAGCGUAGCCAUCAUUUGCAUUACAGGCAAGAAGUAAUAGAACGUCUACAAAGCGAACACUCAGUAGUAAUACUUGUAACAAAUAGUUUAACAAAUUAUAUGGAUAAAGUGCGGCAAUUGGUGAAAGAAAACCCUGAAAUUGAUGCAAAUACUUUUAUGCCUGACGGUCGAUACAAUCAUAUUAUACAGGUUCAAGAAAGAUUGAACUUCCUGCGUUUCUUACUGAAGGAUGGACAAUUAUGGUUGUGCGCCGAACAAGCACAGCAAAUUUGGCAAUGUUUAGCUGAGCAAGGUGUGUUUGUUUCGGAUCGCGAGGCGUGCUUCAAGUGGUUCUCCAAACUCAUGGGAGACGAACCAGAUCUGGAUCCAGCAAUAAACAAAGAUUUCUUUCAAAACAAUAUAUUACAACUAGAUCCGACAUUGCUUACGGAAAGCGGUAUUAAGUGUUACGAAAGAUUUUUUAAAGCUGUUAAUUCUAAGGAAGGAAAAUUGAAGCUGAAACGCAGAACCUUUCUCAUGGAUGACGUGGAUUUAAUUGGCACUGAUUAUUUGUGGAGAGUGGUGACAAACAGCCCGGAGGAAAUUGCAAACAGAGGCAUAGAGCUCUUGAAGGAGGUGAACACCAAUUUAGGACCGCGACUGCAAUCAUCCGUUUUGGCAUUUCACGAAACGUAUAUAGCGGAAUGUAUGGACAGACUGAAAGCUCAUUAUGACACCGUGACCGUCUUGAGCAGAGUGUACUUGGACGGGAAGGAGGAGCGCGAAGAACAAAUGACAAAUAAGAUUAAAAUGGAAGCUAUAAAAAUGUGCCGCGUUAUGAAAGUUUUACAGGAAUAUAUAAACGAGUGCGAUACAGCUUUUCCAGGAGAACGGAAAAUAUUACCGCUACAUAGAGCGGCUCGUGGCAAACACCUAUCACUCGUCAUUCGUUUCGCGAGUCCUGGUCGAAAUGUUGACGACAUAGAUAUCUUCACUCAUAGCAACGACACAUUAGCUUCACUGAGACGUCAAAUAUUACGCAGGAUUAAAGCGAGCGGGACAAAUGUAAAACUGGAUUUAUUUAUUAAUGGAGAAUCGUUAGAACAGGCUGACGAUAGAAAGCUUCUUUCUCAGAUUCCACUGAGAGACAAAAUGUUGUUAUCUGCAAAGCUCAGUCAAGUAAAUAGCAAUAUGCCAAGCUCACCGGACAGCAGUUCUGAUAGCUCUACUAGUUCUCCACAUCAUCCGUAUGAUGGGCCGAAUGUAGAAGCAGAAAACAGUUUGCCCGGCGUGGUGAUGUCGCAGAGAUCGCAGUAUGCGACAUUUUUCUUUCAAUUGGCAGAUCUCGGCUGCACCCUUCAACACUCACAAUUGCGUGACGGUGCACGAAAUCUUCUGCAAUUGGUGCCGCCAGAUAUUCUCACUGUAACAAGACUACAGUGGUUAUUUGGCCACUACAAAGACGAUGAAACUUUACAGAACCCCUCUCAAUAUCACUGUAACGAGCAAAAUACGACAGUAGAUUCUCUAUUUUUUACUGCAAGUCCUAGCCAAGUUUUAUACAAUUUAGAGGUGUUAUACACUUUGUUAAUGCCUGCUCUCGAUCCUAUGUCCGAGAGAGCAUUUGAAUUUCAAUAUAAUUUCAUAAAAAGUGGCGAAGCGGGCGUUAUUCUCGACAUGUUAACCAAAAACAAGUUUCUACCAAAUGCGGACGAAACUACGAAGCGGUCUGCGUAUCUCACAGUGCUGAGACUGUGCAAGUUACUGCUGACAGUGAUGGGUAACGUGAUGGCAUGCGUGCUGGACGAGGUACAGCAGACUGGCACUCCGGAGAAUCACGACAACCACGUCAACAACCGUGGUCGUAUCGCGGUGCUGAAGCAAGCUCUCCAAAGUGUGCCGAAUCAGAGCACCGAGUACAUGCUGAGAAACGUGGCGGCUAAACUGGCGCAGCAUCUCGCGCACCGAAUGAUCUCCGGCGGGCCAGAGGCCGACCGAUGUCGGCAGCUUUUCGUCCAGGCCCUAUCGUGGGAAUUACCGGAUGUGGCUACUAUACGUGCCAUAAUUAGACUAGCAUGGGCCGCAUCCACCGGUAACUUGAGCAACAUUAACGCGUCGAACGAGGCCCUUCACUCGAUACACGAGGCGAACCAGAAGGAGCAGAGAAACCCCGAUAAUAACGACGUUCUCGUGUGCAAAGAGGCACUCGAAGUGCUAACGAUCGCCCUCGUGCUGAACCCGUCAGCGUUGGAAACAUUGUCGAGGGACAAGAUAUGGCACACUUUCUUGAUAGACCUCGUCCUACUCAGCACAUCGAGGGCCAUCAGAAUCGCCGCUGGCGAGCAAUUUUUUCUCAUGUCAACAUGGUGCAGUGGCGGACACCAAACGCUGUCGGUCACCAUCACCCUCCUCUUCACCGUGCUGAACACCACCGUGAUGGAAAACGCGAAGCAGAGCCACGAAUACUUUCAGCUUCUGUGCCGGCUGCUGAACUUUGCCCAUAUAUCGAAUUGCCCCCUGACGACCGCGGAGACGCUGUUAAACGUGGAAAUUGCCUGGCUGAAGAAGGUCCGGGACAACGUGAAGGAGACCGGGGAGAGUCAGGUGGACGAAGCCUUGCUCGAGGGCCACCUCGGUCUGACGAAGGAGCUGCUCGCCUUCCUGCCGCCGAAUCAGAAGUACGAAAUCGGCUCCGACGAGAAGCACGGUGUCAACUUGAUCAAGGAGCUUGUCGAGGACUUCGUGUUCCCCGCGUCCCGCCUCAUGCUGCAGCUUCGCAGCACCGGCGAACUGAGCGCCUCGCAAGCGUGUCCAGUCUGCACCACUCCUCAAUCAACUAGCGCCGCCUUCGAUUUACUCGUAGGUCUCUGCGUAGGCUGUGUACCCAACAUGAAACUUCUAGUCACAAUGCUCACCGAUAUGUUCUACUCCGAGAAAGACGAGCCAUUAGUAGAGUGGGACUACCUACCGCCUGUGGGGCUCAGACCGCUUAAAGGCUUCGUAGGCUUGAAGAAUGCAGGCGCGACCUGCUACAUGAAUUCAGUAUUACAGCAGUUGUACAUGGUGGAGAGCAUUAGAGUCGGUCUUCUGGCGGCGGAAGGCGCGGCGACUGACUUGAACGAGGAUUUCUCGGGUGAGGAGAGGAUCGAGGGGGAGCAGACGAUCGAAACCAACGAUAACGACACGAACGAGGAAAAGUGCGGCGCCGAUGAGUCCAGGAAGGAGUACAAUAUCGGUAUUCUAAAGCAAGUGCAAGCAAUAUUCGGUCAUCUCGCCUACAGCAAGUUACAAUAUUACAUACCCAGAGGAUUGUGGAAGCAUUUCAAGCUUCAAGGAGAACCUGUAAAUCUUAGGGAACAACAAGACGCGGUGGAAUUCUUCAUGAGCUUGGUUGAGAGCCUGGACGAGGCGUUGAAAGCCUUGGGCCACGAGCAGAUAAUGGGCAAGAUUCUUGGUGGCUCGUAUAGCGACCAAAAAAUCUGCAAAGGUUGCCCUCAUAGAUAUUCCAAAGAGGAGCCGUUCAGCGUGAUAAGCGUGGACAUACGAAAUCACAGUAAUUUGUUGGACUCACUUGAGCAAUAUGUAAAGGGUGAAUUGCUGGAAGGCGCAGACGCCUACCAUUGUGACAAGUGCAACAAAAAAGUCGUAACAGUAAAGAGGUUGUGCGUAAAAAAGCUGCCACCCAUUUUAGCGAUUCAGUUGAAAAGGUUUGAGUACGAUUUUGAACGUGUGUGUGCUAUAAAAUUCAAUGAUUAUUUCGAGUUCCCACGAGAUUUGGACAUGGAACCUUACACCGUUUCCGGCUUGGCCAAACUAGAGGGAGAAGUCAUAGAUUGCGAUUAUGAAGAAGCUGUGAAAGGAACGUGCACCAAAUAUCAAUUAACUGGUAUAGUGGUUCACAGCGGCCAGGCUAGCGGCGGACAUUACUACUCCUACAUCCUGCACAGGUUAAACGAUGGUACUGCUAAGUGGUACAAAUUUGACGACGGCGACGUAACAGAAUGUAAAAUGGAAGAAGAAGAGGAAAUGAAAUCUCAGUGCUUCGGCGGUGAUUAUUUAGGCGAGGUAUUCGAUCAUAUGCUCAAGCGGAUGAGUUACCGCAAACAGAAGCGGUGGUGGAAUGCGUACAUGUUAUUUUAUACGAGAUUAGAUGUAGAAGAAAAUUCCCUAAUGAAAAGUGUAAAUGAAUUGUCAUUGUAUACGAAAUUAGGAGUUAUGAAAAUGCCACCAGCGAUAGAAUACAGCGUGCGAAAGCAAAACAUAAAAUUUAUGCACAACCGAAAUCAAUUUAGCGCUGAAUACUUCCAGUUCAUCAAGAAAUUGGUGUCCUGCAAUCCGCAUAACAUCAACAGACAAAAUCUGAAUGAGAAACUUAGUCCCGAAGCGGAAGAACUUGCGAUGCUGUCGCUUCAGUUAGUGUCGAGAUUUCUCUUCUACACAGGUUUCCAUACCAAGAAAACAUUACGUGGCACUGCGACGGACUGGUACGACAUAGUGUGCCAUCACUUGCGUAGCAGCAAAGUAGUGCGUUCUUGGUUCGCAAAUGAAGUGUUGUUCAAUCAUCCACACAGAUUUUGCGAGUAUCUUUUGAGCUGUCCCAGUACAGAAGUACGUACUGCGUUCCUUAAAAUUUUGGUAUUCCUUGCACACGUUUCCUUGCAAGAUGGUCCCUGCGCUCCGCCCAGCCUGAAUGCACCAACUAUACUUUUGGAUCCAGUAGCGACGCUCAGUGAUCACUUGUUACACGCGGUAUUGUCGCUGCUGCACCGCGAAAUUUCGGAUCACGGACGUCAUCUUCCUCAUUACUUUUCCCUCUUUCACGCAUACGCUUCACUGGGUCUUGCUGAAAAGGCGCAGUUGCUUAAGCUAAAUGUACCCGUUACGUUCAUGUUGGUCGCCAUCGACGAAGGUCCAGGCCCUACCAUAAAAUAUCAAUAUCCCGAAUUGACUAAAUUGCACCAGGUAGUUAGCAUGUUGAUACGAUGCUGCGACGUGUCGUCAAGGGCACAUUCGAGCCACACGCAGCCCCGUGCGGAACCCUUGCCGAAUCCGUACGGAGAUCCUGCCUGCCAGUCGGAGUAUAUCAUGCCCAUCCCGUCGCAAGCAGCUGAUAUACUGUUUAUUCGCACUAGUUAUAUUAAAAAACUGAUCGAGGACGCUAAUGUGACUGAGGAUACAGUUAAAUUACUGCAAUACUGCUGUUGGGAGAAUCCACAUUUAUCACGAACUGUGCUUAGUGAAUUGUUAUGGCAAAUUGGAUUCGCUUAUACACAUGAAUUGAGGCAUCAUACAGAUUUGCUGCUUGCGAUCUUAUUAAUGGAGGAUUCGUGGCAGACGCACCGUGUGCACAACGCACUCAGGGGAGUUCCAGACGAACGAGAAGGUUUAUUCGAAACAAUACAAAGGAGUAAGAAUCAUUAUCAAAAGAGGGCUUAUCAGUGUAUCAAAUGUAUGGUGCAGCUCUUUAGCAAGUGCAAACCUGCGCAUCAGCUUUUAUAUCACAGUCCAGAAUUGAAAAGAAAAUGGAGUCACGCAAUAGAUUGGCUCCACGACGAACUUGACAAAAGACCCUAUGCAUCCACGGCGCCUUAUACACACGCAUAUAACAAUUGGUCUCCGCCGGCACAGUCUAAUGAUUCUGCGAACGGAUAUGUCUUGGAGCGCAGCAACAGCGCGAGAAAGACAUUGGAGCGGGCAUGCGAACUAUGUCCGGACGAAGAGCCAGAAGUCGAAGAUACGAGUGAAGAUUGCGCGGAAGAAGCAGAGAAAUAUCAGCAUUCAUCCAAGUAUCAGUCGUCCAAUACAUCCAAAUAUCAAUCUUCAUUCCGGACUAAAAGGCGCAAUAACAGAGGCACAUUAGGGUGGGCAUCUAUAGAUUACCCCGAUUUUACCGUAAUCCAACAAAUGCAAGAGGAGCAGCAGCCUCAACCAGGACCUUCUCCGGUACACACGCCCCACUUAGCUCUUCAAAUGCAUAACCCGCAGAACUGUGAGUCGUCACAAAAUACCAGCCAGGAUCCAUAAUGAACGCUGAACACUGACGUUCUGCCAAGUUGUUGCCUCAGUGAAACGAUUUCGGAAUACUUAGAUGUUACUGUGCCAGCAGCUUGGUGCCGAGCGGUAGCAGCACAUGUACAGAUAUAACAAGUGAGAAGUCUUGGUUUUUUUUUUUUAGCGAUCAAUCUUUAAUGAACUCAUGCUAAUCUGUUAGUUUCACUGUGGGUAGUUACUUUGAUAAUAUGACGUGCUAUGAAUGUUCGAAUUGCAAGGAAACGAAUUGGAAGACUUAUUCCGAUUGAAAACUGAAUUAACGCAUGCUGGUUGAGGCAAUCAAUUCUUGACGAUAGCUUUUUCUCUUUAAUCACGAUAUCAUUCAUCCUUCAUUCCGUUCGUGCUCCCCCCCUUCCCCUCCCCGACGACUGUUUGGCUUCCAAUUCUAGAAAUGGCAAUUUGACAGGAAAAAAGAAAAAAAAAAUAGAAACGCGCUCUUUCUCUUGGAAAGAUCAAUAAACCUAAUAAUACAGCUAAGAGUUUUAUUUGCCUCGAUUAAUGCAUGUGAAUUCAAGAUGAAUUUUUAGAAGUAUCAUAAGAUUGUAUAAAUGUAUAGCGAGUAGUGUUACGGAAUCCCGUUCUCUGCCGAUUAGAAGACAAAAAUAUAAAUCAUAAUUUUCCGUAUGCCUAUGUAAAUUUGUUACUAAUAAAAAAAAAGAAGAAGAAGUUGAAAUAGGACUUUCUAAUAAUCGAGAGAGAGACGAUUACAAAGAAAGAGAAGUGAGCUAAUACGUUCUCAUCUCAGAGAAAGCACAGUUAUCGAAGCUAUGCUCUAACAUAUAAAUAUAUAGCUAUGCUAUAUAUGUAUACAUAGCUUUUGCUAUUUAAGCUUUUAACAACAAUAAAAGAAUUUUUCUUGUACUUAAUAAUCUCGAGCAUUCUGGAAGAAAGACACUUAUCGGCGGCCUGCCGUGCUGCUACAAAUUUCAACAUACGCCAAUGAUGCCUCCUGUUGUGCUUUCUUUCAGUUCGACCGAUUUGAAAGAGUUGUGCCUUCGACAUUGUGCGACUCCAUUGUACUUUUAGGUAGAUAUUUAAGAAUCAAGUUGUUGCUUCAAAUUUGAUUGCUUAUACUUCGCUUGUUGAGUUGACUGUGGAAGAGGAAGGGGAAAAGAAACUAGAAGGAUUGUCAGAAUAUGUGUAAGAUUCGAUGAGAGAGAGAGAGGGAGAGAGAGAGAGAGAUGAGAUUGUUGACGAGAGAGAUCGACCGUCGGAGCGUAUUUCGGAGCCCGAAACGAGAUUGCGGCGGCCACUCCACGUUUAUCACGACACACGUACACCUCGAAUACGACAUGCAUGCGAGUGCAUGUUGUAUCGGAUAUAUGAGCAAUCGUUUGGGAACGAUAUUGCCUUCAUCCCCAGUCCAAAUUUUUACGGAGUAAAAGGAAUUGAAAGAGAUCGUGACGGUAAUUAGACGCAAAGAGGAUACGGAGCAAACGAAUGAAAAUCCGUUGUACAGUGUACGGCUCGUAGAGCUUUGCGCGAAAAUUCGUCUUCUUACGGAAACGAGGUCUUUUCGCGGGGAUUGCGAAAGUGAUCGCGACGCGCGUAUUGGCAAUUGUCCGGGAUAUUGUAUAAUGCAGAAGCAUUCUAAAGAAGAGAACGAGAAAGAGAGAGAGAGAGAGAGAGAGAGAGAGAAAACGUGGACUAUGCGACGAACGACCCUCGAACUGGCCAUAGCUCUGACUUAUUAAAUAUAACGUGUGUUAUAUAUAGAUAUAAUAUUAAACAAAAAAAUAAUCUUAAAAGAAGAAGAAAAAAAAGGAAGAGAAAACGAAGUCACAUGUAACAUGAAACAAGCGAGCCGUGUGUAUACAUAAGAAUUCGUGCGAAAAACCAACGACUAUGUCAAGACACCAGGAAAUAAUGACGUAUUGAUUAUUAUUGUUCGUAUUUAUCGAAUAACCGAGUUAAAACAGUGUACCAAAUUAUAUAAUAGCUUUUAUUGGUUAAAUGAUAAUGGUACCUAAUCUUACUCAAACACAUGUACAUAUAGACAUACAGACAACCGCUUUUUAUAUGUGAUAAAAAAAAAAUUUAUUAUAUUUCCUAUUAUACAUUGAGAAUCUAGAGAAACGCUACUGUAAAUCCUGGUUUUUGUACACAGACUGUAUGCUAAGUUCACUUUUGUUAACACGAAGUGUAGUUUAUAAUUAUUUAAUAUUUAAUUGUAAUCACACACUAAAUAAGCGUAUGUACAAUACUUGGAUUAUUUUUCUUUUCUUUUUUAAAUUACUUAUUCGAGAGAGGAUUCACAAAACUGGAAGUGUCAUGAUACUAGUGUCAUUUAUCUUAUGCGUGGUAGAAAUAAGAGAGACGUAAGUUGCGACUGCCGAGCCACAUUGUUUUAAUUAAUGAUAGAUCGUCGGCCGGAGUAUCAUUUUUUGAAAUCUAAUGAAACCAUCUAAUGAAACAGCGCUCGGUGUCGUCGCAUUGAAAGAAAAAAAAAAAGAAAAAAAAGAAAAGAGAAGAGAUACGUAAAGAACGAUGAAAAUUGCGACGAAACGUUAUUGCGUAUGUAGGACACGGUUCGAAAUCGAUGCGAUUUCGUGAAGAUCGAAAUUUCGGUGCGGUCGAACGCGUGAGAAUUGUCUCUGCAUUUGCGAUAAUUGGCGUGAAGUGUCUGUCUUUGUGUAUGUAUCGCAUCAGAAAUUCGAAAACUCGCCGAGAAAUUACGCCGGUCGCUAACAAUAUGUGUACGUAAUGGAGAGAAACGAGUAAGAGAAAGGGAUCGUGCACCAUUUUUACGAUAUGUGUGUGUGAUCUCGCUCAGCGGGCAAACUGAAGAACUGUCAAACUCACUAUUAAUACGUUGCGUACGUCGGCGGAGGUAGCCGUUCGAUUCAAAGUACGAAGAGAGUUGAUCAGACGGAAAUCAAAAAGAGAUCAAAGGCAAAUGCGUGGAUCGUGUCGUGCACCAGAGCACACGUUGCGCGUGACUUGUACGCACGUGAAACUAGAGUAGCGUCGUUGUCCUCGAGAUCAUUGUGCAGUCUAAUUCACGUAAACGAACGAAAAAAAAAGGAAAAAAAAAAUUUGUCAUCGAUGUCUCUUUAGUUCUAGUUCUAAAGGUAAUUGAAUUGUAUUUCAGCGCGAACGACGCUCUAGUCAGUAAAAUCACGAAUAAACGAAAGAUUUGAUAGCUUCGUUUAUUCAAUACGAUCUGUGGAAUGUUCUCGGAGCGCUGUGUCGACGCUCAAAUGGCGCUUUUACACGCACUCGACAAGCUUAACACCGUUUUUGAUACGAUUGUCGCCGCUGUUACUUUUGUCACUCGAUAGUGCGCCGCGAACGUUUCCGCGAUGCGUUCUCCGCACUUUCUCAUUUGCCUUUGACGUGUAACGGACGUGUGAAGGACUCGUCACUCAUAACUACCUCGACAAGCAGUCAAUGUAUCUACGCCGUGCUUUGUUUUUAAACGCCGUCGAGCAAUUCCGCCCUGCGGAAAAGGACACGAUCGCGCGCGCUGGUGCAUCGAGUGCAUUCAUCCUGUACAACUCUUCUUCAUCGAGAAACAAUGUACACCGAAAAUUUUUCUCAAAUAAGAUUCGAAAAGGGGAAAAGAGGAGGAUCGUUCCCGUUCCCGUUCUUAACCGAAUGCAUUGUAUACUUUGUGCAUCAGCGCUGUCGUUCGAAACGUAUCACUUACUAAGUUAUUUAGUUAGUUAUCGUCUAAGGAACGAAUAAAGUUUGUCGGACAGCAUUGGUCCUCGAAUCAGGCGUUCAGGUUGACGAUUUAUAUUCAGACUCGCCGGAAUAAUACCGGCUUUAAAUUCAAACCAUCGAUCCUGACGCACGAUCUUCGGACCAGUCUGUGUUUCAGGUGUAAUUCUUACCAAAGCCAAAUACCAGAAGCAUAUAUCCUCACGUUUUUUUUUUUUUCUAUCGGCCAUGCGCGCAAUACGUUUUACAUUUAAGCGUGAACAGCUUUUUAUAUAUGACUCGUAGAUACUUUAGGGAUGAGUGUAGGAUCGAAGAACGGUCGUUCGAUGCUGAGUAAACAUACAUAUAUGUGUCUCUUUGCAGAAUUAUGUUAAUUAAUUUAUCUCUUUCGCUGCGACGCGUUUAUGUGCUAUUUUAUCUUAAGCCGCAUGGUCGCGCGUUUCUCCGCAAACUUUAAGGACAAAGGAAAUACAGGAUGGGAAGGAAUUGUAAGAAAAAUUAUUAUAUCGAGACGAAAAGCACAAUCAAGAUGACGUAGUGCUCGCAAAGAACUCUAGGGCCGAUUUAAUCGCAUAAUGUUCUCGAGUAUUUGAAUGUCUUUUUGUCUGAAAAAUUUUUUUCGUCUUCUAAUGUGUUUUGAAAUAUACAACCUCUGAUUUUGAGAUUA